GGAGUCAGUUGCUCUUAUGCUCGCCAACCAUCAACAGUGCGACCGUGUUGCGUGUUGCUCGACUGGAACCGCGCGACCGGAACGGACUGUCAAGAACAACAAGUUCGCAUAAUCAAUUCGGAAGUGUAAUAAGAAUUUACAGAAUAAUCGUGACAAUUGUAAAUUUUGGUGAAAGAAAGAAUUGGACAAAAAAUUUAGCCGGACUCAGUGACUCUUUAUGCUUCGAAUCGCAACGAGGAAGUGACGAAGAAUGAACGAUUCUGUGCAUUCUAGAUGAUUGCAACGUUGAAGUUGAAUGUGAAGUUGUAUAUACAUGUCAAGAUAUUUUGCAGUGCUAAAAUUAUAAUUUAAUUGAUGAACUUUGUGCAAGAAGAGAGAUAGUCGCUCUACGCAGUUCUGAAACAAUCGUUGAUCAUUCGUUUAUCACUCGAUCGUUUCGUUGGUGCUGGAAUAUUGAAAGAAACUGCACGUGAAAGAAGAUUGAUUAUAUGUAGCAUAUUAAUUCUCUCUUUCUUCGAACCGGAUGCAUAUGCGUCACUUCAUCAUUAGUUCUCGUCGAGAAAAACAUAGUGAUUAUUUAAUUAUCAGUGGUUCUAUAAUUUCUGAUCGUGAGAAAUAUCGCAAUCAGUGAGGAAACUAUUUUCAAAAAUAGCAUUAAAAGAUAAAGUUAUUUCUAGGUUCAUGACUUGUGCGCAUGAAAAACGACUUUCUCGAUAACAGGAAAAAUCGACAAUAUUCACGUGUAUAACGAUAUUCACGUGUAUAUACGUGGCGCGAAUAAGUUUCAUUGUUAUUUAAAUGAUUUGACAGCAACGACAAGUUUCUAAUUUUUGCAACACUACGCAACGCAAAUUCCUCCCGAAAUUUUCGCCGAAUUCCCAGGUUUUCACCGGAAAUAUAUUUGACAGAAGUGAUCAAUUUGAUCACAAUUUCGUCGCAACAUGAGGAAGCACCGAACGCUAAUCAAUUAGCAGAAGAUUCUAGAGAAGAUUGACAGGCGAAAUGAUUAUUGAUAGCUGAGCCGGCGACCAAAGAUCGCGUGGUAGCUGAUCGAAAACAAGGAUCUACGGGGGGGAGGGGUUUAUUAUGUUAGGAAAAGGACUAUGCAUUUUGGUGAAGGUGUUGGUGCUGGCGGGGGUGGCUAUUGCACUCCUGCCGGAAGGUUUGGAGGACCAUGCAGUUCCGACCUGGAAGAGCCUCCAGGAGGAAUGCUCUUCCAAGUGCCCGAAUCUGGAUCUUAUGCAGAAUCGAACGGACGACUUGAGUUUCGAGGUGGGAUGCGGGGUGAAAUGUAAGAUCGAUCAGUGUACAAAAGGCUGUGAAGCAUGGAAACAGGCACUCAACACAAGCUGCCAAGCUGUUUGCAAUGGAACGCAAGAGUUGCUACCGCCGAAGGAAUUGUAUUGCGUUUUGGGCUGCCACGAUGCAUUAAAUCGUUACUUCCAGCAACUCAAAGCGGAAAUCGGCACUCCACCAGCACCAUCAUUGGUCCCGGAUUCAUUGAAUUCGACCUCGCUCCGCCUGUUUUGGAAAAGCGCAGGUAUAGCUAAACGUGCUGCAGGUAUAUCAUACUUGGUGCAAUGGAGAUACGAAGAACUAGCUGAGACAUGGCAGUACUGCAGGAAUCAAUCGUGGGGCGAAAACGAUCAAAUACUAGUCAAGAAUCUGCAACCAUUUACAAAUUAUAGGUUUCGCAUAGCGCUGCUUUUGAAAUCGACACAGCACAAUCCGGAGCCGAUCGUGUCAGCGCCGAGUGUGGUAAUAACAACAGAGCCAGACGGACUACCGACAUCAGCACCGGUAAUUGUAAGAGCGGCAGCGGUAGACAGCUACCGCGUAUCUAUAUCUUGGGAACCAGGCCCAUUCACGAACGGGCCACUUUCGUCUUAUGUCCUACGACUGCAAGGGGCUGAACAUUCCCAGCUUAAGGAUAUCCCAACCAUCGAGAACAUGACACAUUACAUGUUUCAAAAUCUUAUACCUAAUCAGAGCUAUUCUGUCAGUGUGACUAUGAGAAAUGGAGUCGGCGAGGGUCCAGCUGCUAUUGUCCAUAUCUCUACGACUCAAGAACCUACCGUCAAGGAUACACAACAGCCGAUUUUCAUCCUCGGUGGCGAGCAUGUAGUUACGAUGCGAGUCGGCAAUAUGUUCAACGAACCCAGUGUCGUUUACCAAACCGAAAGUAUGAUCCGCGGAGUGGCGAUACACGUGGCAUCCGCUCAAUUAUUCGUUUCCACUUCAACGGGUCACGUGUAUCGUACCUCGAUUAUCGAAUCAUCGAAAGCGGAAAUCAUUCUAAAUGCUAAUCGAACAAACUUUAAACCGUUGAGUCUUUCCGUCGACUGGCUGAAUCUUCACUUAUACAUAUUGGGAGAAAUAAAACACGCGACGACAGUAUGGCAGAUAGCCAGAUGCAAUUUAGAUGGCAAAGGUUUGACAGUAGCUAUGGCGGGAUUCUUGACCCGACCCUCGCAUAUCGAAGUCGAUCCUUACAAUGGGUACAUCUUCUGGGUCACUAAAGCAGGAUUGUUUAGAUUGGAUUUAGCCGAUAUUAGCAACGGUGUGAAGCACGAGGUUCAACCAUAUUUAAUUCUCGAGGAUUCCAAUUUGGGUGCUUUCACAGUAGACCAUAUGAAUUUUCGAUUACUUGUUCCUCAUCACACUAAAAAUACAGUGAUAUCAGUAACACUGGAUGGUCGCGAAAUUUAUGAUCUUCGCCCCAACGUACAACAACCCAAACUCAAUAACGUUGUUUCUCUAGCUGUGGCAAAUGGAUUAUUUUAUUGGAUUAAUGGGGAAAAAAUUUUCAUCGAAAUAUAUCAUCCUCGGACAAAUAUAUAUUUUCACAAUUCCUAUGAUGAUAGGUCCGACACUUCCUUUGUCAGUGUGAAUGUAUUGAUGAAUGCAAGCCAACCCGUUCCUGCUCCAGUAAAUCCACCAACGGGAGUACAAGCUGUUUUGGGAGCAGAAAGAGCAAAGGUUUCCUGGCAAGCUCCUCAUUUACUAGGAUAUCAAGGAAAGGGCGCUUGGCAAAACUGGUCAUAUGAGCUUGAAAUCAUAGACGAAUCAACUAAUGAAACUAUUCAUCAGAAAGAAAUCGUUGGAUUAUCACAUACUGUUUAUUAUUUGCGAGAAAAAUCGGAAUAUUCGAUCAAAGCUGCGGCGUAUACGGAUGCUGGUAGAGGACCGUGGUCCUCGGAAUUUCGAGGACGAACUUUAAGAAAUGGUUCGCAUGCGUCCAUUCUGUGGUCGUCAAACGAGGGACUUUUAAGAAGCGACGUAACCGGCGAAAAUAUAGACACGUUCGUUUCUAAAACAAAUCUGAAGGAGUCCGAGAGCGAUUUUCAUAUUGUCGACGUUAGUUGGUAUAAGAACGUGCUGUACAUAGUAGGAAAUAAUUCCGCGCUAUAUCGUUAUAAUGUUAGCAAUCAUCAGAAGACAAAACUUAACAUGCAUUCGGUGGGAAGUGUUGCUGUGGACUGGUUAUCAAAGAAGUUGUACUGGGCGAAUCCAAAGCAACAGAUUAUAACAAGAGCAAACUUGGACGGAUCUCAACAAGAGCCGAUGUCUAUUUUAGCAAUCGUGAAAGAACUUAUGAUCGACUCUCUAGAAGCAUACUUAUAUUGGUCUACUGGUCACGCUGUAGAAGUUGCGCGAUUAAAUGGACAAAAUAGGAGACAUUAUCAUUUGGAUGAAAUUUUUAAUGGCAAACAAGUGAUGGGACUCACGCUUGACACCGAAAAUAGAUACGUCUAUUGGAUCGUUCGAAGCUACGAAAGUGGAUCCAUCGUUUAUCGAGCACCUACGUCCGAAAGAAUUCCAAUGCCAAAAAUUAUCCCAGAAAAGGUUUCUGCUUUAAAAGAUCCAAAUGUGCAAGGACCUCUGUGUUAUUUUUCCGAGCACCUGCUGUGGUUGCAGGAUAAUACGAAUGCAGUGAUCGGCGAUCUUUCCGGUCAGAACAUCGCCGUAAUUAAUGGAAUCACUUUGUCCGGUUUACACAUGGUGGCUGUCAUGGAUCCCGCGCUUCAUCAGUACCCGAAGAAUUUAACAUCGGAAACCGUAAUAGUUUCGCCGUACGCUGUCGAUUUUAAUAGCAUAAGAGUCGAAGGGACUUGGAGAAAUUUCAACAUAUCGUGGGAUCCAGUUAAAAACGUUAAUUACGGCACAGUUUUCUAUGAAAUAAAGUUCGCGGAUUACAUUAAUACGAAUUCGAACCCGGAAAUCACAAUCGAAACGACAAUACCGUACAACAACUCAGACCAGAUUCUCCCUUAUUCCGACCUGGAAGUUACUAUAAAGGCUUUCACUUACUGGGAAACGGCGCAUAAUUCGCGGAAGAUCUUGAAAUCACCACAGAGCGUGCCAAGUCAGCCGAUGUCUCCUAGGGCGUUCGUGGACAAGGAAUUCCGUCAUGACUUUAAAACGAACGAUCGUCUCGUGAUAUUUAGAUGGAAUAAGCCUCAAUUUAUAAACGGAGUAAUUCUAGGCUACAUGGUCCAAUGUUGGUUUAUCGAGGAUCGAAAACGAAAUCAAAUUUGCAAGGAUCAAAGCAUCCCAGCUUCGACAUUGGAAUACACAGUACAUAAUCUAAAACGUAACAUGACGUAUUAUUUUCAAGUACGAGCCCACACCAAAAUUGGUCCUGGUCCUUACACGGAUUUAAUCAACGUGACAACCACGUAUGAGAAUCCGGUGCCUAAAUUGUUGGUCGCCACCGCGGAUGCUGUAAGGAUACUGGACUUGGAUCAAGAGAUCAAUUACACACUCACUAGGCAUAGCGCGACGGACGUCAAUUAUCUGGAAGCUGAAAACGAUACUUAUUGGAUUAGUGAGAUGCAGGAGUUAGUAACGUCGAAGAUCAGCGGAGCCAACGUCACAAAAAUCCUUGCCUUGAAUAAUACAGCGGGUAGUCUUUGCAUCGAUUGGGUAGCAAGAAAUUUGUACUGGACGGAAUAUAACAAUACCAUCAGCAAUCUACGAGGCACCAGCAGCAUCAUGAAACUGGAUUUAACAAUGUGGAAAGCUGGCAUAACUAAAUACAAUAUCAUAAAACGAACAAGAAAUAUUAUUCCGAUUAUAGAUGUAGUGCCAUCUUUGGGAUCUUUGUACUGGAUGGAAGCGAUGAAUAACCAAGGUGUAAUAAUGCGAUCGGACUUCAAUAGUAACGUGGAACACUUUUUCAAGAAUGAUACAAAAUGUACUUGCCCAUCUAAUAAACUAUCGGUUAUGCCUAUAAUGACGAUUGAUAAAACCAAUAUCCAGAAACCAGUGUUAUAUUGGGUAUCGAUGGAGGGGCAUUUAAACGUAGCUGACAUUCACGGCUGCAUGUGCAAGAUGAUAUUACGUGCAGGUUUCAAAACAGGGACUCUUACGUCUCUCACGGUUGACAAAGUGAACAUUUACUGGUUCAACGUAACAGAAAAUCGAAUCUAUUCUAUGAGAAAGGAGGAUCCUUUCCUCAUGAACAAAGAAAGCAUAUCGGAGCUAAAGAGCCUCUACCUGCCUAACGUACGUCGCAUCACAGCCUUUGGCAAAUCCUUGCAAGUCUAUCCCUCGACGAAUUGUCUGAUACCUGAUCGCAAAAAGAAUUACACCGUCCAGAAACUGGAGGCAACGGACACCAGUAUCAUUGUUAAUCUCCCAGAAAUAAGCUCCGAAAUCGGUUGCGGGAAGUAUAGUCUACCUAGAACACUGUACAUUAUCCACGGGUAUUGUCUGAAAGAAUGCAAAGGUUUCAAGCUGCAAACGUACGAGAGACAUUACAAGAUUGAGAAUCUAAAGCCGUUUACGGAGUACAAGCUGCAGUUGACGCUGAGCAAUUUUUACAUCGAGCAAUUUAAACUGCUUCCUCUAUCAACCCCUAAUGUGACGCUGACGACUAAUUCGGGCAAACCCUACGCACCGGAGAACUUUUCAGUUCUGCCGCUAACGCCAAACGUGGCGGAGGUUCAUUGGCUGCCGCCCAAAAUAUUAAAUUGUGCGGCUGUGCACUAUGAGGUGCACUGGAACUUACUUACCAGGAACGGGAUUCGACAGAAAGGCGAACUUCUGAUCAAAGAGCCUGAGCGCAAGAAGGAUGGCAGAUUUUUCAAGAUGCUGAAAUUACUCCCUGGCGAAGAAUAUCUGAUAUGUGUACGCGUAUAUCCCAUCAACUUCAACAAUUUAUAUAACGAGACUUGCGUGGAAACUAUCCGCAUGUAUCCGGAACCAAACAAUUUAAUUAUGAGCGGAGUCAACGUAAAUAGUAUGAACAUUUCUUGGAUCUGGAGUAUCGAUCUGAGUAUGUAUUGUACGCUGCAAAUCAAGGAUGUUGCGGAGGCCGUGUGGCAAAACGUAGGUAGCCGUAUUGCCUUGCGUCGGGGUAAUAUAACGUCUCAUAUAAAAAAUUUACAACCGCGUACGUUAUAUGUUUUUCGCCUGGCACUGAGAUAUCCCGCGUACGAAGAUGACUUUAUAUGGCCGCCUGAUAAUAGAUUUACGUUUCAAACGCUAGGUGAUAUCCCGAGCGCUCCUGGAAAACCUACGGUAACAAAACUUCGAAAUUCUGUGUAUCAAUUAAAUUGGGAACCUGCACAAGCUCAAGGUUCACAGAUAACUUUGUAUGAAUUGGAAGGCUUAAUUAUCGACGAUAAAUACGAACAAGAUAACGACAAGAAUCAAAAGUGGAAUCUAUAUUAUAAUGGAACGGACAAUUACUGGAUAAUUACUGGAGAUUUAGAUCAAAAAUAUCGAUUUCGAGUACGAGCUAAAAAUGCUUAUGGUUUUGGCAUUUGGAAUGAGUCGAUCGUCGAACUAACAGACGUGAUGAAUAUAGCAACACAACAGUAUUUACCGUUCAUGUUAGGCCUCAUUGUGAUCAUCGUUGUUAUCAUAAUGUUGACUUUCUUCUGCUAUUUUUUUGCCGUAAUUUAUCGACAACGCAAAGAAGAUAAAAAGGCAGUUUUACCUCCGAUAGUAUCCGACGUCGAGUUAGCGACUCUUCGCGAAAUACCUCGCGGGAACUUCGUUCAAUCCAACGCAUUAUACGUUUCUACGUUGCAAAAUGAUCCGGAUGAUUCUGCAUUGCCUAAAAUCAAACACGAGCAAAUCACAUUCACAAAAUUUCUAGGCAGCGGUGCAUUUGGAAAGGUAUUUCAGGGAGAUGCCAAGGAUUUAGAAGGACCAGGCAUAACGCCCAUUGCCAUAAAGAUGCUGAGAAAGGAUGCUUCUUCGCAAGAGAAGACGGAAUUUGUACAAGAGGCCAGACUUAUGAGCCAUUUUCGACAUAAACAUGUGUUAAGACUGUUAGGCGUUUGUUUGGAUACCGAUCCUCCCUUACUCGUAUUGGAAUUAAUGGAAGCGGGUGAUCUGCUGAGUUAUUUGAGGGAGAGUCGGUCCUUGCAAUCCACAGAUCCGCACGCUCUGCGUCUGCAAGAUUUACUCGCCAUGUGCGAAGACGUUGCACGGGGAUGCCGUUAUCUGGAGGAGUUGCAUUUCGUGCACAGAGAUCUCGCAUGUCGAAAUUGUUUGGUGUCGGCGAGGGAUCGCGAGAAUCGUGUCGUGAAAAUCGGCGAUUUCGGAUUAGCUAGAGAUAUUUACAAGAAUGAUUAUUAUCGCAAGGAAGGAGAAGGUCUAUUACCGGUUCGCUGGAUGGCACCGGAAUCCUUGGUGGACGGAAUAUUUACUUCGCAGAGUGACGUUUGGGCAUUCGGCGUGUUAAUAUGGGAAAUUACGUCAUUGGGUCAGCAACCAUAUCCUGCCAGGAAUAAUCUCGAAGUUUUACAUUUCGUGCGUGCAGGCGGCAGACUACAAAAACCUCUCAAUUGUCCACCGACGUUGCAUCAAUUAAUGAUGCGUUGCUGGAGUGCAGCGGAUGCUAGACCAAGCUUCAAAAUUUGUCUAGAAAAUAUCGUCGGUUUGAGAAGCAACAUAGAAGAUGCAGCAUUGAGCCCGGUGCAUACUGGACAUUAUUUGACUCGCAGAGGAAAUUCCUGGAAAUCCAGCAGCUCUGAAGGAAGCCGGGAUAUGCAACCAUUUCUCCAAACCUCGAAUUAUGCCAUGCUCAACCCGCAAUCAGGUGAAGUUCCAAAGUACCUAGAAUUAUUAGCGGAUAACGAGGAUGUCGUUUUAAAAGAAAAUCCUACGAGUGGUUACGAAGUACCUCGUUCAAGUCACAUCUCGGACCAGAAUUUAACAAAUAUCAGUAAGAUUAAUUGCACGAAUCAAGAUCGUAAAUGCAGUUUGCCUACCGAGACCACACAGGAACAUAAAGAACAUUCCACGACAGAGCGAAAGCAAUCUGAUGGAAAAUUAUGCGAAAAGAGAUCGUCGAUCACUAGUCUGAAUUUGUCAGAUCAAAGGGGCACGUUAAUUUCGGGCAUGCCAGAAAAAUACAACACGUUGGACAGCUCGAAAUCGAUAAACUCAAUUGCAAAGACGACACCGAAGAGGGAUUCCUUCUCUUCCUUGAACGGACCAAAAUACAGGACUGAGUCGAACGAUGAACGAAGGGAUUCGGAGACCAGCAUCGAAGGUAGGAGUUCUAGCUCGCACAGCUUGGCACCUUCCACGCGUCCUAGCUCGUCCUUGAUCAAUUCGCAGUCGGUUAUCCCGUGUCUGAAGAACGUCCUGGCGAACGUCGCGGGAAACAGGGAAGUGCCUUCGAACGAGGGCGCGAUGACAAAGUGUGCGUUACCGAAAAUCCAAAAGACUCAUUCGAACUUGCAAAACGGCAGGCCAAAUAUACCGCUCAUGAUAAAUAGCACAUUGUUGAAUCUACUGCGAGAUUCGUCCGUAGUCGAGGAGAGCAACAUUGUUAAUACCUAUACAAAUAUAAAUACGGACGCUGUCAGAGUGAACGGAUCGUGAAUCCUUGAUCGUAGCGGCUGGAAAAAUAAGAUUCCUAUGAAUUAUUUUAAAAUUUACGAGUGAUAUGUAAUAUUCGAUAAUUAAAUAACCUGACAAUGAGUCACGCUCGAUUAGAUCUGUAGGACUUUGCAUAACUAUAAUUAUUACACGACAAUAAAUUUCUAGAUCAUUAUUUUUCUAGUUACUAUUUUUGUAGUGCUUUUUUAUAAUUCUAAAUGAUGACAUGAAAUUAUUUUUAUCAUAGAUCUAUUCUACUAUAAAGAUUUACACAGA